UGACCACUGUUCCGGUCAGUGCCUCUCGCAGAAAGAUAUCGACCGUCAUGUGCAAGUCAGAGCCCUCUCUUCGGAAGGUCUCGUGAGGCCGGUCCUCCGUGAUGAAGAUUACAUCCGCUACGCUGACGUGCUUAGGACUGAGUAUUUUCGUGGGUCCUUGGUCACCUUCCUCUGGAAAUGUUAUCCUCGUUCCUGUCGGUAUGCCUGGUUUAAUAGAAAAAAGAAUUUGAACAAGAUGGUGGAAGAAACACUUACACAAGCGACUAUCUUCUGUUGUUACAUAUACACGGCUGAUGUCAUGGAAGAAUGUCGAUCAAAAAAUAAAAGAAAGAAAAUCGCAUCGUUUCUUAACGAUUUUUCAAGUGUUAUCAACAACCAACGCGCCCCUCUCGACAACGAAAUACAAUCUACGCUCGUGUGUUAGCUUUUGUAAUUAUUAAACGUCUCAUGUCCGACAUUUAUUGUUGAACACAGAACGAUCAUUAAAUAGCUAUUUAUUGAUAUUCCAUCUAAAGAAAAGAUUCUCAUGGAUGCUUCUGAAUUAAUUUUGAACCUCGUGCAGAAAGCCGCGGUUAAAACGGAAGUUAAGGAAAAAAAUUUAAGCGAUUGCGAAGGAUUUUCUAAUUGUGAUAGUCCAUCUCCUAGUCAACAUGCAAUCGACAACAAUUCGUUCUCCUGUAGCGCGCCUGAAAAGUCGCGAGGAAAUUGUAAAAAGGAAAAAUCUGAAGAAGAAAUGUUCAAGGUUUCCUUGGCGACGAACGACGAAGAUUUGGAAAACGAUAAAGAGAAUGUAUUAAAGAAAAAGAUACGGUUGGAAGCGAGACAGAUUUGUAGUAAUCGUGAAAAAAGCGAUGAAGAGAAAAUCUUCGUGCUGCAGCAACUCGGUCGAUCGCAGAUACGUCCAGAAGGAUUCCCAGCAUUUCUAUGCAUCGAUGGGAGAAUUGCCGAUUCGAAUGGAGUUAAACGAAAAAUCCCACGACCAGCGAACGCUUUCAUGUUAUUCGCCAAUGAAUGGCGAAAAAAGCUCGCUGCGGAGAAUCCUCGAGAGUCUAACAAGGACAUUAGUGUUAGAUUAGGUAUUCUUUGGAAGAACAUGGCAAAAGACGUAAAGGAAAAAUACUUUGCCCUGGCCCGGGAAGUGGACGCGGAGCAUAAGAGGAAGUAUCCCGGUACGCUUUAUGCCUAUAGUCUCUCUUCAAACCAAUAUGACCUCGUUUUCGCGUUUGUAGCGGCUCGUCGAAGUUUACCGAUACGACUGAAUGUUCGUGCCUCGCGUUUGGUAGGUACACGAUAGUUUCUUGUAUCCUUACAAACACAAAAAAGGAUAAAACAUCGUGAAAAAUGAUAGACCAAACUUGAAUGAAUUUAUACAUUUAUCAAUCAUC